UGAAAAAACAAUUUUUCCCAAAUAUUUAUUUAUUUCGACACAUCUUCAAAUCAUGACUCAGUAGAACACCUUUCAGACUAUAUAUCUAGUUCUAAGCUUGUCUACACUCAUUGAAGCCAUCUUGAGGUAGCCCAUAUAUUAACAGCUCUCAUAAUGACAACAGUAAAAACUGGAUAUCUUCGCAGAAAUGGAAAGGGAGGUAUCCUUCAAGGAGACAAAUGGAAGAAGAACUACUGUAUGCUUUACCAAGACAGUACCUUAGUGUGGUAUAAGAGUCAGGGAGACACAGAAGCAAAAGGAAGUGUCCUAUUAAAGAAUGUAGCCAAUUACCUUGCUGUUGGAAGUUACACAUCGGUGAUUCCAGAACGCCCAACACUACCAUCGGGUGCCUCAAUUGAUAAUGUCAUAGCUGUGCCACAGGAGCCGCGAAAGAAGAAAAUCCACUGGUUCUUAUGCGCAGAUACUAAUGAAUUGAAUGCAUGGAUGCAAGCAAUAACCAGUACACUUCCACCUCCUCCAGGUCAACAGCAAGCCCCAGUAGCAGGUCCCCCACCCCCACAACAGGAUACAAUUGUACCCCAGCAGGCAGCCCCAGUGUCCUCUGGCUACCCAGCACAUGGGGGUCACUCACCCUAUCCCACAGGUGGUCCACCCCCUAUACCUAACAACUAUGGAGCAGCGCCCCCACCCCCUAUAGGUUUUGAUGGUGCGUCUGCUGCACCCCCAUAUAACCCACAAGCUGGAGCAGGCUACCCCCCUCCUGGAGGUCAUUCACCCUACCCCCAACAAAAUUAUGCGCCACCCCCUCAGCAGCCAUACGCUCCUUACCCCCAACAACCAUCAGCGUAUCCACAACAACCGGCUGGGUAUCCACAACAACCUGCAGCGUAUCCACAGCAACCGUAUCCACAACAGCAUUAUCCACAACAACCUGGUUACCAACAGCAACCCUAUGGUCAACAGCAAGCUUAUGGUCAACAGCCUUAUGGUCAACAACCUUAUGGUCAGCAACCACAUUAUCAACAUCAAGGAGGUUAUGCUCAGCGUCCCCAGCAAGUGGUGUAUGUUAAGGAGAAGAAGAACAAAGGUAUUUUAGACAGCAAUACGGGGAAGAUAGGAGCAGGUCUGAUAGGGGGCGCUGUCCUCGGUUAUGGGGCAGCAAGUAUGAUGGGUGGCGGAUGGGGAGGCUACGGAUGUGGCGGUGGGUUUGGCAGGAGAGGCAGCUGGGGUUCAUGGUCAAGUUUCAGCAGUUUUAGCAGCUUUGGCAGUUGUGGGAGUUUCGGAAGUUUUGGCGAUUAGCUUUAAGUUAUCAAUUUAUUACAUAGAGAAACCAACAAGAUGCUCUGUUUGUUAACAACAGUGAAGAAUGGAGAUGGACUUUGUUUUAGCUGAGACAAAUCAGGAAGAAAAAAUAUUUAUUAAGAUUAUGAGACACCAACACAAUGCAAGUUCAAUUCAUUUGAACUAAAUGUUUAAAGUGGAUAUGAUCAGGACAGAUAUGAUAGCUAUAAAGGAGCUGAGACAUCAGGAUUAAAUCUCCAGACCUGACUCAAACUAUCUCAUGGUCAUUGCUAAGCAAAGUUCUAAAUGCAAUGGCGUAAAACUUAACCCUUUCUCUUUCACCUGAUAAUUUUCAGAUACAGGAAAAAAUGUUAUAUAUUAAUGUACUGAGACAC